GGCGACACUCUUCCACCUUAACAUCUACUUCAUCAUACCGAAAACCGCUGCCUACACGCAUACUAAAAUUACUCGAUACCCAAAACUGACAUCAUGUGUGGCUCUGAUUGUUUCUUGAUGCUCCUCAGCGUCCUGUUCCCACCGAUAGGUGUUUGGGUGAAGAAGGGGAUUUGUAGCGCCGAUUCGCUCAUAAACCUCGGCCUCUCGUGCCUAGGCUUCCUCCCCGGUCUCCUCCACGCCUGGUAUGUGAUUCUGCAGAACCCAGAUCCAUACGACGCAUACCAGCCCGUGCCCGAUCGUGAACAUGGAAGGACCACCGACGGAAGGGUGACAUACUAUGUGAUUUCGCACGAGCAAGCGGGCGGCAGACCUGCGAACUAUGGUACUGUGGCAUCUCAGCCGAGCAGUGGACAGUUUCCGGGACAGCAGAGUGGCGUGACAAACAGCUUUGCGCCGCCAAAGGGACACAAGAGCGCAAAUGGCAGCGGACCUGCUGCGCCUGCGCCGGCAAAUGGAGGUGGCGAGGGAAGCUCAAGUCAACCCGAGGGUCCACCUCCGACAUAUGCAGAUGUCAUUAAGGGCGACCACAAGAUACAGGACUAGUAGGGCGAACAGGUGUUGCAGCAUUGUUUCAAGAGACAUGAAGCAUGUUAGCGCGUAGAGGAGCACGUGAUGUGAACAGGGCGCUGAGAGGGAACGGAUAGUAUUGUACACCUAGAGUAUUGCUAGCAGAGACUUGUAUGAAGGGAGAUAGCCAUUGCAUUGAUCAAAUAAGGCGAACAUAUUCAUUGCUUGCACCAAGUGUGUUGAUAGUUUAGCCUAGGACCCUUGCAACCGACAUUUGGCUUCCGGAUUUGGCUUGUACGUCAUGGCGCAUAUGCCCGCACGAGCUACCUAUUUAUGUACAUUCAGUCGUACCAUAGGAAACACAAACAUUUUGCAGAUGGAU